AUGCAGAACCUACCAGCAGAGAUCCUCGGAAUGAUAGGGAUGUGCAUUGCCCUGGAGAUAGAUGAGGAUUGCGAAAAGGUGCGGAGAUCGACUUUGCUUGCUUUGACUCUGUGCUGUCGAAAAUUCCACAAGAUAUUCGAACCAAUCCUCUAUUACCAUCUUGACCUGGGCUACGACCAUCCCCUCACCGUUGCUCAUAUCCAUCUUAUUAUUCGUUUCUGGAAGCAUCCCGAGGUGGCAGAUUGGGUUCGCAGCCUCAAACUUUACUGGGAUCAUGACGAACCCAUACCAGUUCAUGACGCCAGUAAUGACGAUUUUGAUGUAUUUUCACCCUUCGUGUCACAGGCAUUAGACAAGAUGUUCACACCAGGCCCAAGGUUUACAGACAUGUGGGAGGAAUACCGGGAUUGCCUGCUCGAAUUCGAGAUGGAGGCUUGGAUAGGAGUCCUGUUUGUUAGCUUGUCGCGCCUGGAACGCAUUGAAUUCGAUCAUCAAGACUCAGUUUUGUUCAAUGAUCUUCUAUAUAAAGCUGCAAAGCGGGAGCAACCUUUUCAUGAAACCGCACCGUUUCCUUUCCUCCGAGAGGUCGUCGCUCACUGCCAAGAUGAAGGUCAAGGAAUUCACGAGGAUUUUCUCACUCCGUUUCUCUAUUUUCCAAAUGUCCAGUCCAUCACAGGCUAUUCGAUCUGGGCUAAUAAAAGCCGUGAGGGCAGAAAGCCUUAUAUCUACUCUUACGAGCCGCCCCUCCCAGUUGGCCCCGUUAGGCAGAUUUCAUUGGACGAUAUUUGGGGAUGUACUGGGAUGCUCGACUGGCUCAAAGUAUGUAAAGAACUAGAGCAUUUCUCAAUCGAAGCCUCGCUUCACUCCGAUACAAGGGUGAUUGAAAGACGCUUUGAUACUCAAAAUCUUUAUCAGGCUCUUCUUCCAUUCAAAGAUACCCUCAAAUCUCUCAGCGUGACAUAUGAUAAGCAGUACAAUAUUUGUCUUGAGAUGAAUGGGGGAAUAGGGGUUCGUACGGAUAACAUCCCCUUCGAGUCCUUUCGAGAAUUCUCUGUCCUUGAGCAUUUGACCGUUCGGCAUGCCCACCUCGUACCCAUUUUUUCGAACGCCCCCGUCAAGAAAUCCAGCGUUGACCGGCUUGUUGACAGACUUCCGAGCUCUCUGCAAACACUUGCUGUCCAAGACGUUCUCUCCGAUAAUAGUCGUCUGCUGGCCGAACUUUUGAUGGUUGCUCAAGAUCGAAGUUCGUUUCCUCACUUGAAGAGUUUGGAACUCAGGGACAAGCCUCUGGAAGAUUUGUCUGCAUCGGAUGAUGAAACGAUACCGGAUGGGACAACGGUGGGUGGAACAUUGACAUUGGAAAUGUCUUUCGCAAUAGAAGAAGUCGACAAAGAAAUUGAGGGUACGAAAAAGUUGAGGCGGGAAUGUGAGGCGAGAGGCAUCGAUAUGCAAUGGUUCAUGGAAGGUGAAACAGACAACGAAGAAGAGAAUGGGGCAGAUAAUGCAGGACAUUAAGCCAUAGCUUUCGUUGCUAAAUGCAUGCCUGGCUAAUAUGGCAAAUAUCCUGAUCGGGUCAGUUUGUUCCUGGUUUAAUAGAUUGGGCAUCGCAGUCUUAAGAAGCAAAUUAAUGUUGUGGUUCGUAGUGGUAUCUCAUAUAUUAUUGACAAACUAAUGCCUGAUUUGUUCCGGAUACGCAGUGAUUACCAAUUUGAAACUCUUGCCUAGAGAAUAUUGUUCCUCGGGUAAUGUAAUAAGGUAGAUGUUGCUGGAAGAAUACCAAGCCGCUUCUUCCUGUAACCAUAAUAAGCAAAUACGCCGGUCUACUCAGGAAUGCGCACAACUGCCCGUCCCUCGACCUCAGAUCGUCCCAGUCGCUGCAGGACAUCAUCAAUGCAGUCGAACUCAAAGCACUCAAUAUGUGCUGUCACAUCGCCCCUUACAGCCAUCUCCAUCAGCUCUUCCAUCUCCUUGGCGGUCCCGGCAGAGUUGCCAACAAUUGUAAGUCCUG